GACUCAUUGGCUCAUCUCUACAUCACUACAUUCAAAAGUUAAUACUCCAAAUAACUUCACGUCAGCAGUCUUCUCAUCAUUACUCUGUCCUCAAGUCAGCCCGGAAUUCAUCAAAAAUGCAAGAACUAGUCAUCUACGGCAAACCCACCUAUGCUGGCUUUGUGAGAGAAGCUGAGAUUCCGAAGCCAGGACCAAAAGAUGUUCUCAUUAAAGUUGCUUACACCGGUCUGAAUCCAAAGGAUUGGAAGUUUACCAAAAACCGUGAUCAGUCAACUGCCUUCAACGUCGGUGAUGAUGUGUCUGGCACGGUUGAAGCUGUGGGGUCUGAAGUGUUUGAAUACAAGCCGGGCGACCGUGUUGCGGGAUUUCACAGAAUGUUCCAACCUCACGGCACUUAUGCAGAGUAUACAGUUGUCCCGGCUUCAACCACUUUCCCCCUACCCCCUAAUAUUUCCCUCGAAUCAGGCGCGGGGCUUCCCCUAUCUUUUAUGACGGCGGCUCUUGCACUGUAUCAGUAUCUCGGCGUUCCCCUCCCAACGACCGUCAGUGAGUCUGCUCGAAAGACCCCCAUCUUGAUUUGGGGCGGAGCAACAGCCGUAGGAGCCUACGCCCUCCAGCUGGCCAAGCUAAGCAAGAUUGGACCCAUCAUCACCGUUGCUGGCAAUGGAAUCGACUACGUUAAGUCGCUCAACGCAGCGGACCACAUCAUCGACUAUCGAAAGGGGGAUGUGACUCAACAGAUCCUUGCCGCUACAGGGUCUGCUAAAAUCAAGAUUGCAUUCGACGCUGUGUCCGGACACGGCAGCUACGAGCGUAUCACCGAAGUUCUUCUCGCGUCGGGCGGUGGCCACAUUAACAUGGUGGACCCCCCUACUGACCCAACCUGGAAGUUUCCCGAGACCAUCAAGUUCACUCGCACAUUCGUGUCCUCUGCCUAUCACGUCUCCCACAGUUUCAUCAAUGAGGAGCAGGCACAUGCAGAUGGCGAAUUUGCCUACUUCUUCUACAGGUACCUGAGUCAUCUGCUGGCAGAAGGCAAAUUCAGGCCCCAUCCUGUGGAGAUUCUUCCAGACGGCUUGAACAGCGUUGUCGAGGGAGUUCAGGCUUUGUACGAUGGAAAGGUUAGCGCCAAGAAGCUUGUGGCACGCAUUGGGAAAUAACCUCCACGUAAAGAAGAAGAUCCAUGUAUUUGGAAUGAAUCAUUAUGAAACAACUAAACUGUCCAUAGUCUGGAAAUGAUACGUGUUUGCGCCAUCAGUGAGCCUAACCGUGAUGUCUCGUAUACCUUUCC